GUGAUGGCAACUGGAAUUCUUUUCGAUGAUAUGUUUCUGGUGAAAGAUGUGGAUCCGGACGGGAAGAAAUUUGAUCGAGUUUCCAGGCUUUUCUGCGAUUCGGAAUCCUUCAAAAUGGAGCUCAUUUUGGAUGUGAAUACACAACUGUAA